UCGCGCAGCUCUGCCUCCGCCUGGCAGUCUCGCCCGCGAUCCCGGCCCGGGGCUGUGGCGUCGGCUCGGACCCAGGCAGCCGGCAGCCCGCGCGGGAUCCGGACCACCGCCGGAGGAGCUCGGCCGGCAUGCUGAGCCCCCUCCUCGGCUGAAGCCCGAGCGCGGAGAAGCCCGGGCAGGCGCCGGCUCCGGAGACGCAGGCGGCGGAGGCGCGAGACCGAGCGGACGAGCGGCGGAGGAGCGGGAGGAGGAGGCGAGCCCGGAGAGGGGCCGGGAAGGAAGUGGUGGUGGUGGGCGUCGUGGCCAUGGCGGCGGCUAUCGCCAGCUCGCUCAUCCGGCAGAAGCGACAAGCCCGGGAGCGCGAGAAAUCGAACGCCUGCAAGUGUGUCAGCAGCCCCAGCAAAGGCAAGACCAGCUGCGACAAAAACAAGUUAAACGUCUUUUCCCGGGUCAAACUCUUCGGCUCCAAGAAGAGGCGCAGAAGGAGACCAGAGCCUCAGCUUAAGGGUAUAGUUACCAAACUAUACAGCCGACAAGGUUACCACUUGCAGCUGCAGGCAGAUGGAACCAUUGAUGGCACGAAAGAUGAGGACAGCACUUACACUCUGUUUAACCUCAUCCCUGUGGGUCUUCGAGUGGUGGCUAUUCAAGGAGUUCAAACCAAGCUGUAUUUGGCAAUGAACAGCGAGGGAUACCUGUACACCUCGGAACAUUUCACACCUGAGUGCAAAUUCAAAGAAUCAGUGUUUGAAAAUUAUUAUGUGACAUAUUCAUCAAUGAUAUACCGUCAGCAGCAGUCAGGCCGAGGGUGGUAUCUGGGUCUGAACAAAGAAGGAGAGAUCAUGAAAGGAAACCAUGUGAAGAAGAACAAGCCUGCAGCUCACUUUCUGCCCAAACCACUGAAAGUGGCCAUGUACAAGGAGCCGUCUCUGCACGACCUCACGGAGUUCUCCCGAUCUGGAAGCGGGACCCCAACCAAGAGCAGAAGUGUCUCCGGCGUACUGAAUGGAGGCAAAUCCAUGAGCCACAAUGAAUCAACGUAGCCAGUGAGGGCAAAACAAGGGCUCUGUAACAGAACCUUACCUCCAGGUGCUGUUAAGUCUAGCAGUCCUUCACCCAAAAGUUCAGAUUUGUCCAUGACGUUUACCAAACAAACAAGGCAGAGUUCACUACUCUAAUCUGCCAUCAAACCUUCUUCUCAUCCAUACAAACGCCCCAUAAUUUAGAUCGAGCUUGUGCAAAAAAAGAGUGCCAAGCAUGAUCAGUGAAUUAAAUCUGGGAGAAGGACUGCCCAAUUUUCUCAUGAUCUCACCUAUGCUUUGGGGAAGACAAACCAAAAACAUUUCACAGCACUAAUGCUGAUUAAAAAAAUUGCUCUCCAACCAAGAAAAUUGAAAAGACCACCAUUGUUCUUCAAAAACAAACGACAAAACAAAACAGAACAAAAUUAACUGCUUCAAUGUUUUGU